AUGGAUAUUUCGUUCCCUACAGACCCUCGCGAAUUCGACAGCGAUGAUCGCAUAUCGUUUUCCAAGCUCGACAACAAGUUCAUCGCGGUCCACGACGAUGGCAACGAGUACGAGUUUGACGCCGAUACUAAGCAAUGGAUUCUUGCAGACGACGAGCCAUUGGAGCCACCAGUCACUGACGAGCACGAUGAUUUUGCCGAGUUUGCAUCGCAUGGGGCUCUAGAUGAUGGAUCAAGGAAGCGUAAAAAUGGAUCGGGUCAGGAUUCUGAGACUCCCGAACCUACUAAGCCGCGACCGAGUAAGAAGCAGAAGGCGCCCCCACAACCUAAGCAGAACACAGCUGUCUAUGUUACUGGUCUACCCGCCGAUACUACUGUCGACGAAGUUCAUGAACUCUUCUCGCGCAAGGGCGGCGUUAUUGCCGAGGAAAUCGAUAGCGGCGCGCCGCGGAUUAAACUGUACAACGACUCGGACGGAAAAUUCAAGGGCGACGCUCUGAUCGUCUUCUUCAAACCACAGAGUGUUGAGAUGGCCAUCAUGCUUCUCGACGAUACAGACUUUAGGGUCACAGCAAGUGGCACACGCGAAGGACGAAUACGGGUUCAGGCCGCUGAUUCAAGCUACAAAAAGGUUAAAUACGAUCAAGAAGGUGGUGCUGGCGGUGAAAAGGGUAACGGGACAGUUGAGCGGAAACCACAGAACAACAAUCGCGACAGGCAAAAGAUCAUCAGGAAGACUCAGAAACUGGAUGCGAAGCUGGCUGACUGGGAUGACGAUAUGCCGUACCCGGGACAGCCGGAGGCUGCGACCAAGUGGGACAAGCUGGUGAUUCUUCGGCACAUGUUUACGCUGAAAGAGCUCGAGGAGGACCCCGCUGCUCUCCUGGAGAUCAAGGAGGACAUCCGAGAAGAAUGCGCCAAGCUAGGCACUGUGACAAAUGUUGUCCUGUUCGACCAAGAGCCCGAAGGAAUUGUCUCUGUCAAGUUCAAAGAACAACAAUCAGCCCUGGCCUGCAUCAACCUUAUGCACGGGAGACGUUUCGACGGCCGGACAGUCGAGGCUUUCCUAGCGACAGGGAAGGAGAAGUUCCAGAAAUCAAAGGAUGAGGAAAUUCACGAGGAGUCAGAUUAG